CUCUACCGGCACCAGAAAGAGGCGAUCCACGCCGCGGUGGGGGAGAAGAAAUCCGUCGUCGUGUCCACGCCCACGGCGUCCGGGAAGUCGCUGUGUUACGUCCUCCCUCUUCUCCACGCCUUGGGGCAAAAGAAGUCGGCCAGAGCGCUCGUGUUGUUCCCGUUGAAGGCGCUCGCGAACGAUCAGCUCGCCAAGUUGAAGGCGUUCCCGGAGGCGGCGAGAAAGGCGCUCGAGGCUGCGGAAGGGAAUAUCGACGGCGACGGCGAGGGGGAAGACGCAGGCGCGUUGUCCUCACACUGGUCCCCUUACGACCGCGUUGGCCUCGUGCUCACCAACCCGGACUCGCUGCAUCAUUUCAUCUUGCCCGGGUACCCGCGCAAGUGGAGCAAAUCGUUCUGGGCGAACCUCACGCACGUGGUGAUCGACGAAGCGCACGUGCAUCGCGGCGUCGCGGGGUCGCACUUCGCCAACGUCAUCCGGCGCGUGAUUCGUCUGUGUCGAGUAUGCGGCAACGACGACGUGCGCUUCGUCUGCACGUCGGCGACGAUCUCGAACCCGCGAGAGCACGUGCUCGCGCUGACGACGAAAAAUCCGACGUGCGUUACCGUUCGUCCGGGACGUCCGCGGUCUAAUAACGCCGCGGCAAAAAACAACGGCGGCGACGAGAAGACCGCGCAGCGACGGAGCGCGUACGCGGAAGCCGCGGAGGUGAUCGCUUCGCUCGUGAAGAACAACGUCCGGUGCCUCGCGUUCGUCUCCGCGAGGUCGCUCACGGAGUCCGUCUGCCGCGACGCCAGGGAGCUGCUCGUGAAGGCGGGACGGCAGGACCUCGCGUUGCUCGUUGACUCCUACCGCGCCGGUUACUCCGUGAAGGAACGUCGCAAUCUCGAGCACCGGCUCGCGUCCGGGGAAGUCUCCGCGCUCGUGUGCACGUCCGCGCUCGAGAUGGGGAUCGACGUCGGGACGUUAGACGCGACCGUGCACGUCGGGGUGCCGGAGACGGCGUCCGCGAUGUGGCAGCAGGCGGGGCGAGCCGGCCGCCGCCGCGGGUGUUCGCUCGCCGUCGUCGUCGCCGCGGAGCGACCGCUCGACGGUUUCUACCUCGCGCACCCGAGUGAGCUCUUCAAGCGCAGACCGGAGAGCGCGCUCAUCGACCCAGCGAACGUGAGCGUGCUGGAGGCGCACCUGCCGUGCGCGGCGUUCGAGACCCCGAUCGAUCCGAAGACGGAUUGCAAGCUUUUCGACGACGCGGAAGCCGCGAGACUGUUUCGGUUGGGCGCGGAACGCGGGGAGACGACCGCGUUCUUCCGCCCACAUCACCACGUCAUGCUCCGAGGCGCGCCGUCCGGCGGCGACGCGUGGACGCUCCUCGACGUCACGCGCGGAGACUCGCUCCAAUCCGGCGCUCGCGAGCUCGAAAAAAUCGAAGCCCACAGAGCGAUGUCGCGCAUAUACCCCGGAUGCGUCCACCUCUCCAGACACGGGCAGUACAAGAUCGAGCGGCACGACGCGAAUGCGCGCGUGGCGUACUGCCGCGAGUACGCCAACCCGGAGGUGACGUACGCGCGCGAGCGGACCGCGGUGAUGCCGCUGGAGAAGGACCCGAGCGCGGGGAUACGCGAGCGAAAGGUCAAACGCGUCGGCAUGGCGCGCGUCUUCGAAGGCCGCGUGCGCGUCGUGGAGACGAUCCACGGCUACGUCGUGAAGAGGCUGCACACGCAGGAGCUCAUAGACGAGAUACCGUUCAACCCGGGCUUGCCCGGGAGCGAUUUCGUCACCGACGCGGUGUGGUGGGACCUCCCCGGAGAGCUCGUGCGAUCCAAAAUCGCCCCGGACAGACUCCGCGCGGCGACGCAAGGCGCGCUCAACGUCUGCGCCGCGCUCGUCCCCGCGGUGGCGAUGUGCGACGCGCGCGACGUCCUCGGCGCGUGCGACUUCCUCUCCUCCGACGGAUGCAACGGGUCGGACGGCGGCACGACCGGCGCGCGGAUGUACCUGUACGACGCGUGUCCCAACGGCGUGGGGUUGGCGAGCAAGACGUGGACGCAGCUCGACGCGUUGUGGGAGAAGGCGCUCGCGACGACGAGGGAGUGCAAGUGCGCGUCCGGGUGCCCGUCGUGCACGCAGGCGGGCGCGCGAGGACGCGAC